CUUCAGACGGAGAUUUGAGCAUCGAUAACAUCCUGUCUCAAUCCAACGACAUCCUGCCUGCAGGCGGCUCAAUGAUGCUGUUGUUUGCACUAUGUCCCCUCUGGGGGCUGGCAGAGUGAUGGGGGGGGUGAGGCUUGGCAGAGUCACCGCUCUCCUCUCAGCUGGAGACGAGUGUUGAAUGUUGGACCGGCUUUUUCCGAGUCUGGCGGCCUUCACAGGAUAUCACUCUGACGGACUGAUGCCCUGGAAAGGAGCCCCCCCCUCCUGACAGCGAGGUAAAGAGUGGGACGAACAGGAGACCCGGGGAUCAUCAGACUUGGAACGGCGCCGUCAUGGAACCGAGUAUCUGUGUUCUGGAGCUGCUGGGGGUCUUGUUCUCCGGGGGGGCCUGGCUGUGCUCACUGGCCACCACCCUGAUGUCCACCUGGCUCACGCUCUCCACAGAUCUGCUCCCCACGGAGAGCUAUGAGCUGGGCCUGUGGGAGACCUGCGUGGUGCAGGAGCUGGGGGCGCUGGAGUGCCGGCCAUACGACAGCCUGCUGGGUCUGCCGCCGGACAUCAUGCUGGCCCGGAUCCUCAUGUGCGUGACGCUGGCCGCCGGCCUGCUGGCACUGCUGCUCGCCAUCCCCGGCAUGCACGUGGUCAACAGCUGCGCUGGCCGGCUGGAGGACCUGCGGUGCAAGCGGGCAAUGAAGAUGGCGGGGGGGGCGCUGUGCCUGGUGGCUGGGGUCCUGGGGCUCAUCCCAGUGUCAUACAUCGCCCACCUCACCGUACUGCGGUACUUCGAUGAGUCGUUGCCAGAGCUGCUGCCGCGCUGGGAGUUCGGAGACGCACUGUUCUGUGGCUGGACGGCAGGUGUGCUGCACCUGGUGGCGGGAACUCUGCUGCUCACUUCCUGUUUAUGUCUGCAGAAGGAAAACUGUAACUCAUCCAUCCCCAUCCCUCUGGUCAGGGUGCAGCCGGGACGCCCCUCCAUCAGGACCAGGUCUGAGUAUGUCUGAGACCCGUCAGGGACACCACAAGUCUGUUUCCAAACCUGCUCUCUGUCAUAUUAGUCCUCUCAUGUCCUUCAUCACAAAUAAAUUCAGCCCAAACGGAACAUCAUAACACAAAGUCUAAACUCUUUAAAAGGUCUAAAAGUUAACACCACUGGACAUUUUCUGGAUGUUGGAUCAGGAAUCUCCCAUGAGAUGAACAAAAACUUUAAAUUAGUGAUCUCAGGCUGAAGUUUGAGGGGAUGUCUCAAAAAUGAUGCUUUCUAAAAAACAAAUUUAGGUUGUUCCAUGUUUUUUUGGUGAUCAAACAUCGAAAGAGCACGAAACUGCAAUAAAAUGCUUAUUUUCUCAACUUAGCUCUUAACCACAGAGUUUUAAACAGUUUAAAUGUUUUAAAGUGUCUAAAAAUUUGUAUAAAUUGACAGAUUCUGGAUAAUAAAUUAGAAAUCUUCCAUGAGACAAGAGAUCUUAAAUUGCCUACAGAUUCCAAACAUCAGGCUGACAUUUUGAGGAAUGAUACUUCCUCAUUAUGUCAAACUCGUCCUCUCGUCUCCUUCAUCAUGAACAAACUCCACUUUAUCAAAAAGUCUAAAUGUUUUAAACUCUUUAAAAGGUCUACAUGUUUACAGCACUGAGACGACAAAACAAACAUUGUUCAAAUCCACAGAAGUUUAAAUUCUACCUGAGAUCUCAAACUAUGUCAGCAUGAAAUUGACGCUUCAACAUGAACAAAUUCAGGUUUUUAGUGCUCCAAGGUCCAAAAGUAACAUCUGGGCAGAGCAUAAACUGCACUGCAAAUGCUUAUCUUCUCAGUGUAAUUCCUCAUCAGAAAGGUCUAGACAUUUUAAAUGUUGUGUUAAAGUUGAAGCAAGCAACAUUUUCUGGAUAUUAGGUCAAACAUCCUUUCAAACUCCUGCUUUUAAAAAUCUACGGAACUUUUUCUACAGAAAUUUUACUUGAGAUCCCAGACCACUUCAGGCAGACGUUUGGGGAAGUAUGUCUGAAAUUAUGCAAAAAUUGAAAAUCUAAAUCCAGGAAGAUCACAAAGCUGCAAUGGAAAUUCUUAUUUUCUCAAUUAACCAGUUUUAAACUGUUUAUUUCAGAUUGUGGAAGAAGAUUUCUAAUCUGACAACCACAAAAUAUCAAGUGGAGCAAACUUUUAGAUUCUUUUAAAGAGUUGAAACCUCAAACUUCAAAAGUAAUUCACAGGUUUAAAGUCUUAUUGGCCUUUAUUUCAGCUCCAACAUAAAUAUAAUUUCUUCUUUUCAGUUUCAGUCUUUCAGAUGUUUUUGUUUUUUAUUCUUCACAUGUUUUAAUGGAGCCAAAGAUACAGAAGAGUUUUAUCAGUGUUUGACUGCGUGUCUCUUUGUGUGUGCAGCUAAAACAUGUUUAAAUCUCUUUGUUUCAUUGUCUGGUGGCACAACUUCAUCCUAUCUUACCUUCAGCAGUGAGGAUGGAAAGAAAAAAAGAUGAUUUAUUGAUUAAAUUCAUGAAAAAUGCUAAAAAGUAUUGAAGGUGAUUAAUGAGUUCAGUUUGGAGUAAAGAAAAUGCAUUUUAGUGUUUAAAAAACUGAGAUCAGAAUGAAAAACAGGACAAAAUGUGUAUAUACGUAUAUUUGUAUAUUGUGUUUGUUGUUUGUCAGAGAGAAGAUGAUGCUGCUGAUGUGUUUUUGUUUAAAAUCACUUUAUGUUCAAUCAGAUCCAGAGGAAAGCUUUGGAACAUAUUAUUAUGAUUAUGAUAAAUGCAUUGAAUCAAGUUGUGAACAUCAUUAGCAGACGAUUGUAAAGAUGAGCAGCGUGUAAAUAA